AACUAUAUGCGUUAGUGAAAAUGUGAGACUGUGUCUAGAAAUAUUGCCAAAAUCGAACCAGUGUAGAAACAGAGUAACCAAGUCUUUGGUUGCCUUAUGGAGGAAAUAUAUUUUAAAACUAUGUAACGACGUAAAAGUGAAUUAUUUGAAAAUAUGUCACAUAUAAACGAUUUUGGUACAUCGGAAAUGCGUCCGCUUUUGUGUACCUAUGACAACGAUGAUAAUAAUGAAAGCAGUACAAAUAUCAGUUUUAUGCCUAAAACGGAAGGAACGGAUGCGGAAAGCAAUAGAGAUAUUAAUAAAAAUAUUUUAGAGGCUUUAGACUUACGAAAGAGUUGGAAACAAUAUACCAGCAGGCGAUACACAAAGUCCAAUAAGUUUUCUAGUUGGACUUGUCGAUUGAUGAGACGAAAACAUAUAUUCGCCAUUUUUGGUUUACUACUAUUAAUUUUGUACAUACAUAUAACUCUAUCUAAAGAUAGUUAUGAUGCGGAUAAAGUUCCAGUCCUACAUUAUUCGCAUGUACCUGGCAUGAAAGAAGCAAAAAACCUCACCGCUACGCCGCAAAAGCACAAAGCGCAGUCAUCCUUCGAUCCUUCGAACUCAACAGAAUACCAACAGUUAUUGAAAAUAGUUAAAGCUGUCAAUAAGACUCCAACACAUACAGCGGCAUCGGCCAAGACGGCCAAGACGGCCAAGACGGCGACUGCUAGUGUUUAUGCUGAUGCUGAUGCUGGUGCUGUAACUGCUGUUACCGGUACAGCUUCUGUUAAAGUUGCUUCUGCUGUUCACAGCACUGACGUUUUAAAUAAUCAAAAAUUGUAUUCUUUUAAUUCUUCCUUUUACACUACGCUUAACUCAUCUCUACCAAUAUCUCUACCAACACCUUCCGACAUCACCAUCGCCAUCACCACCAACACAAACGUACUUAAUGCAUCCCUAACGCCACCCAAAGGGUAUUUGGUUUGGAGUGAACGUUGUAAAAUGCCAAAUAUCGAUCCUUACCUACCUGAAGUCAUGAAAUACUUUAAACGCGAAAAAUUUAAGCCUUGCUCCAAAACUAAGCCCCUCACUCGUGUGGAUUAUAACGCGACUUCCAAACGAUACGUGCUGCAAGUUAUCAAGGAGCAUAUUAGCGAAUACAGUACAACUGGUAAUUUGGACUGUUGCUACCAGGUCAUAGAAAGAAAUUAUACUGGGAUAGAUGCAGAUAAGGAAGUAAGUUUAAGUGAAUGCAUAAGUUUUAAGAAAAAAACGAGUUUGGCAUCAACUGUAGACAAUAUUUUAGUGAAAUGUCGAGUAAAAAAGAGCUUGGCAUAUAUAAAUGGUCAUGCUAUGAUGCCGGAGCGUAAGGAAUUACGAGAACGUCUAGAUACUUGGAAAUUGAGUGAUAACAAAACGAAUCACAAAGCCACAAGUCUACUGAUACUCGGUAUAGAUAGUAUAUCUCGGAUUAACUUAAUACGUGCCAUGCCUAAGACUGCCCAAUAUCUAUACGACAAUGAAUGGUUCGAAAUGAGCGGCUAUAAUAAGAUGGAUGAUAAUACUUUUCCUAAUUUAAUGGCUGUGUUAACGGGGCAAAACAAGGCGAAUGCCUCUCGUAAAUGUGCGCCUACAAAAUUAUAUGGCCUGAACAAUUGCAGUUUAAUUUGGAAUACAUUUCGAGAUCAUGGUUAUGUUACAGCCUAUGCAGAAGAUGAAACAUCUAUAAAUACAUUUAAUUAUCUAAAAUUAGGUUUUGUUGAUCCUCCAGUAGAUUUUUAUUUAAGACCAUUUCUGCUCAGUGCAGAAAAAAACUUACGCAUACAACGAAAAUCUAAUCUUAUCUAUUGUUUGGGCCAUCAGCAUUCAGCUUCAUUUGUUUACGACUAUGCGAUUGAGUUAGCAAAACGUUUUAAAAAUGAUCCAUUUUUCGGGUUAUUCUGGACCAAUACAUUUAGUCACAAUGCUAUAAGUGAUCCUUCGUCCAUGGAUGGAAAAGUGGUGGAAUAUUUGGAAAAGUUUUCAUCUUUGGGCACACUACAAAAUACCAUAAUAAUAUUCUUCAGUGAUCAUGGUAUGCGAUUUGGGCCAACAAGGAAAACGCUUUCAGGUCAUCUGGAGGAACGUUUACCGUUUCUGUUUUUAUGGCUGCCACAACAUCUAAAACAAAAACAUCCAGAGUUUGUGAAUGCACUUAGUGUUAAUAAGAAUCGUUUAACAAACCCUUACGAUCUUCAUAUGACUUUAAAGAAUGUGCUCUCCAUGAGUGGACGUGUAGAUAACAAAGAAUUACUGUCACCUGCAGAAGAUUGUCCUCGGUGCCAAUCUCUUUUAGCACCAGUACCGCACAAUCGUUCUUGUGAUGAAAUAGCAAUUGAAGAUCAUUGGUGUACUUGUAUACCAUAUCAAAGUAUUUACAAAAACUCCAAAACUGUGCUAAAAUUAGCUAAAUCCACUGUUUCGUAUAUAAAUAAUUAUGUGUCCAGUUUUCGGAAUGGUUCAUUCGCGAGUAUGUGCUUACCGUUAAAGUUCGGCAAUGUUGAAAAUGCAUAUCGUGCCCAGCAGGGAGCGUCAUUUGAUAGUGGCAAUAGCUCUGAAGAAACGUAUCGCAUUAUAUUUUAUACAAAACCGAAUAAGGCGUUAUUUGAAGCUACUGUACGCUAUAACCCAUAUACUGAACAUUUUGCGGUGACUGGAGAAAUAAGCCGGCUUAACUCCUACAGCUCUGAUUCUGAGUGUGUAGAGGAUGGAGGUGCCAAAAAAUAUUGCUCAUGUCGAAAGAAAAAGUUUUUCUAGCACAAAGUACCGAGAGUUCAUCAACAAAAAUCAGUACAGCACAAAAAUAACGCACCAAAAGACCAAAAAUAUAUGACGACAUAACAAUCGCAA